AUGUAUCGCCUACAUUUUCUCCUACGUCUAUCAACCUUCGAUUCUUUGCUGCGCCUGUUGCACUACGCCAUAAGCGUACAUGAGGAUUUCACCAAUACUUGCGAAGAUGAAACGCACUCGGGGCCCGGGAAACAAACGAAAAUUCAGGAAUACAUUGCUCCUUCUCAAGUAGACAAACCUACACCUACAGAAGGCCAGGAGGCGCGUCUCCGGCGACGGAAGCCACUUCCAAGAGAGAAUCACUUCACGGAUGACUCGGACUCUAGUGAAUAUGUGUCCAAGAUCAAGCUCGAAGAGGGCAAAACAAACAGAAAGCAUAAGUCCCCCGUUAAGUCUCGCGUGAAGGCAAGAGCAAGAGUACUGUCUUCGGUGAAGACAGUCCACUUGCUGGAGAUGAGAGCGAUGAUGUUCGCCCGACCUUUCAAGCGAAGGAGGCUUAUCCCGGAUUCAUUUCGUCCUGCGUCCAAAGUAAAGGAGUCCGAAAAUGGGAAACACGCAUCUUCUCGUCAACAUCCUCAGAUCCUAGUAGUCCUGAGCCUGUCAAACGUCGGCGCGUGCCAGAACCACAAUCUUCUCCACAACAACCCUCUUCGGGGACGAUGA